UUUCCUCAUGGCCGCGCCCGCCGCCCCACUCCUCAGCACGCCGCGGGCAGUGCUUGCGAGCCUGUAAACGGGAGAGAAACCUGCGAUUCCCCGGGCUGCGGAGCUUCCCCCGCUCCCGCUCAGCCGUCGUGGGGAGGCGCUUUUCCCCCCGUUACCCACAGGGCUCCGCUCGCGGCGCGACCCAGCGGCGACUUCCGGCGCGACCAUUUUGUUUUUCACCGCCCGCUAGCCAAGGGUACGCGCGUCCCGUCGCCGCGGCUCCUGCCCCGCUCCUCAGCAUGUUCCCUGUGGCUCGGGCUGCCCUCAACCUCACCGCCCGUGGCAUUCAGCAGACUGCAGUCAGACAAGCUCAUCGCAAACAUGAGCCCAACUUCCAUGAUAAACACGGAAACCUGGUGCUCAUUGGGGGAGCCGUUGUUUUUACUGCUGUCUGGGGAUACGUGUUCACACAACUUGGUAUUGAGUGGGGCUUCUCACCUGUGGGCAGAGUCACUCCAAAAGAAUGGAGGCAGUAAUGAACUCUCUGCAUGUAACGAACUGUUCUAAACUUUCACUGCAGAAAUGGUCACAUAACGGUGUCUGUUCCUUGAUUACCACUUGUGCAGUGGCAUUCCUGGUCUAAUAAACGUACCUAGAAACCUG